CUCCGACCAGUGGGACAGUUGCGUGACGGUAUUGAAGCUAGAGAGUUAGAAGAUCGUUUCAUAGCUGCUCUUCAAAAUGAUCCAGCAAGACUUGCAGCGAUGCUUCGAGAACAUGAAGAAAGCAAACACGUUCCUCUGCUCAUCGAGGCUUACGGGAGUCCCAGAGAGCCUGUGGAGCAAUCCACUUAUAUAUUUCCACCAGUUCUUCUUGAAAAGGAUGCCGUGAACAAGAUCAAUCACAAGUGUCGUUCGCUGGAUGUCACCUUGAACUCUUUUUUUACCGCCGUUAAGAACACCGCCUUGGUGGAGCUGGCGCGUGAUGGCGGCCUUAAAAGAAACAACUAUUCCAUCACUAGCUGCCACCCUGUUGACACUCGUCGGCUAAUGGAGAAAUGCUCCGAACCUUACCUUGGCUUUCAUGUAAUUAGUUUGACAAUGCACAUGAUCACACCUCACAAUGUGAAGGAUCACUUCUGGGAAUACACAAAGCACUUUGACAAUGAAUUCCGUAAGAAAAUCAAAGGAAACUGGAUGAUCGAGGACAGGGCGAUGGCUCGCUUGUUGAGGCCUGAAGGCUACUCUCACGAAGAACAUUUCGCUCAUCCCUUGCCACUCAUCUCUGAUUACAUAUUCUCUAACCUUAACAACCCAGGAAAUAAUAUAAAAGGCAUUGGAAAAUUCGUUCAGAUCACUGCAGUUAACGUGCAAAAUUUUCUUCAUAAAGCACACUUUCCAUUUGGUUAUGUUUUAUUUGAAUUCCGUGGUCAACUAAACUUGGUAGUGGGUCACGCCACGGGGACUGUAAGCAGGGAGGUCAUUGGCAGGCAUCUGGACAAAACAUUGGCUGUUAUCAGUGAUGUUUCCAAUUAUACCUAACAUGCAAAAAGAAUAGUCGAAUCUGACAGAAAAUAAUGAACAAAUGAUAACAAAGGAAUACCAAAUACACUUUCUCAUGUAGUGUUACAAUUGAAGUUUCAGUUAGAAUAGUAUUAAUUUGGUAAUAAGAACCCAUUAUCUAAUCGUUAUAUUAUUAUUGGCUAACAAUUAAAUCACUGAGUAGUUGCAAGUAAUUAAUUCAAGGGUUCAAAGUUCAUGUGUAUUGGGCAAAUGGUUUAGCGUGAAUAAAGACUGACCGGUGCUGUAGUGUUGGGAGGAAGGCGUUGAAAGUGUCAAACAACACCAAGGCUUGGUGGCUUUCUUGAUUAGAGUGUGGGGAGAAAAGUAUAUGUGAAGAUGUCAGACAAAACUAAAGCUUGGUGGUCUCCUUGAUUACAGUGUUUUAUUAUUUUAGGCUUACAUAGGGACGAUAAAGACAACUGUUGCAAUUUAUAUUGCUGUGCCUGUCGCUUGAUAAUGAAUUCUCCAUAUAAAUGUAAUUCUCUUUCACUCACUCACUCACGCACGCACACGCACACGCACACGCCCACACAUACAAACACACAAACACAUACACACACACACACACACACACACACACACACACACACACACACACACACACACACACACACAUAAAUAAAUAGCUAAGUUAAGGUUCUAAUCUUGAAUCUCCCUUAAUCCCCAUAUAUACAUCUUCAUGUAAUGCUAUCCCCCCCAUGGUGCGAACCAUAAACAAUCAUAAACAGCUAAGUUAAGGUUCUAAUCUUAAGUCCCCAUAUGAACAUUUUCAGUAUGUAUGUUUACUAAUAAACCGUAUUAUCAUUA